UAAAAUUGGCCAACAUAUUUUCUACGACUUUGAAAAAUUUUGUGGCCAGUUUCCAUUCCACCACAUAAAAUUCAAACUAAGGAGAUUAAAUUGCAGAAUCCUCGUCUAGUUAAAUGACUCGGAAGAUUUUGCAGAGAAAAUAGUGAACCUUCACAGAGUAGCAUGACAAUGUCAAUGCUAAAUCUCCAAAAGUACUUUCCCUCGCUCCCCUUCUACCUCAUACUGUGCCUCUGGCCAUUACACUUGAUGGCAAGGGAGGUUACGAUACCAAUAGGGGUAGUUCUUGAUUUGAACUCCCCAAUUGGGAGCAUGGCUAACAGCUGCAUAUGGAUGGCACAUCAUGAUUUCUAUAAACAGCAUCCUCGUUUUCAAACCAGACUUGAUCUUCGAACAAGAAAUUCUGGCGGUGAUACAGUCAAAGCAGCAUAUGCAGCCUUUGAUUUAAUAACGAAAGAAAAGGUGAAGGCAAUUAUUGGACCUCAAAAAUCAGAACAAGCAAGGCAUGUAAUAAACCUUGGGCGCGAGCUUGGCAUCCCCAUUAUCUCCUUCUCCGCUACAAGUCCAUCUCUUUCCCCAGCCCACACUCCCAUUUUCAUACGAAUGGCACAAAAUGAUUCUUCUCAGGUGAAAGCCAUAGCAGCCAUUGUGGAAGCAUAUGGAUGGCGAGAAGUUGUCCUUAUAUACGAAAACACUGAAUACGGAAACGGUCUUGUCCCACAUCUGAUAGAUGCAUUGGAUGCAGUGGACACAAAAGUACCUUACAGAAGCGUCAUUGACCCCAUUUUUGAAGAGUCCCACAUUUUGGAAGAGCUCGAAAAUCUCAAGGAAAAUUCGACAAGAAUAUUCAUUGUUCACAUGACGGGUGAACAUGGGUCGAGAUUCUUUUCAGCUGUAGAGAAAGCUGGAAUGAUGAGUGAAGGGUAUGGAUGGAUAGUCACUGAAGGGUUAUCUGUUGAGUUAGAUCCUUCAGCUCUAGAAAGAAUGGACAACAUGCAAGGUGUCUUGGGAGUGAGGACAAUAGUGAGAAACAAUGAAAAGCUCGAUGAUUUUAAGAAAAGAUGGAAAACCUUGUCUUUUAUGGAAAACAACAUAAAGUAUCACGCUUAUCGUACUCAUACCAUCACAUUGUUUGGGUUGUGGGCUUAUGAUACAGUGUGGGCAUUAGCCAUGGCCGUAGAAAAUGCAACCAAUUAUGGGAAACAAAGUGCUUCCCUUGUAAAUGCAAUCCUAGCUACGAAAUUCCAAGGCCUAUCUGGGUAUGUUGAUUUGAAAGGAGGACAAUUAGAGUCGUCAGUGGUUGAAGUGUUCAAUGUGAUAGGACACAAAGAGAGAAUUAUUGGAUAUUGGAGCCCUAAAAGAGGGCUAUUCCAAGAUGACCAAGAAAAGCAGAAAGUGAGGCAGCCAGUUUGGCCAGGUUACACAAUGGAUCAGCCACCCAAGUUGAGAUUUGGGGUUCCUGUGAGAAAGGGUUUCACUGAAUUUGUAAAAGUGGAAACCAUAUUUAACACCACAAAAGUUUCUGGGUUUGUUGUUGAUGUGUUUUUAGAGGUCUUGAAGGCAUUGCCUUUCUCAGUAUCAUACGAAUUCGUCCCCCUAGAAAACUAUGGCGCCCUUGCUGGACCUAUUGCAAACAACAAGUCCAUGUUCGAUGCUGGAGUCGGAGACAUAACAAUUGUUUAUGAUCGCACAAAUUAUUUAAAUUUCACGUUGCCUUAUUUAGAAUCUGUGGUGUCAAUGGUAGUUUCAAUGAAGCAUGAUGAGAAACGAAACAUGUGGGUGUUCUUAAAGCCUCUAAGUUGGGGUCUUUGGUUGACUACUGGUGCAGCCUUGGUCCUCAUCGGUUUCGUUGUGUGGUUUCUAGAGCAUCGCUCAAACAACACAGCCUUUAGGGGGACCCCAAAACAACAACUUGGCAUUGUUUUUUGGUUUUCCUUCUCCACACUUGUCUUUGCUCACCGGGAGAGAUUGGUAAGUAAUUGGUCCAGAGGUUUGUUGAUUAUAUGGAUAUUUGUAGUGCUCAUCAUCACCCAAAGUUACACUGCAAGUUUAACUUCGAUGCUAACAAUAGAAAGCCUACAACCGGAAUUCAUUGACAUAAAAGAGAUAAAAAGGAAUAAUUAUUUUGUGGGAUAUCAGAAUCAAUCCUUCGUGAAAACAAUUUUAAUAAAUGAAUUAGGAUUCAAUGAGUCUCAGUUGAAGGCCUAUAAUACUCCUGAAGAGUAUCAUGAAGCACUUUCAAAAGGGACCAACAAUGGUGGGGUGGCGGCUAUCUUUGAUGAAAGUCCAUACAUCAACGUUUUUCUAUCAAAAUAUGACACUGGCUAUGCUACGGUGGGACCGUUUUAUAAAACAAAUGGACUUGCCUUUGCAUUUCCCCCACAGUCACCUCUAGUGCCAUAUUUUUCGAGGGCACUCCUAAAUGUCAUUGAAGAUAAAGACAAGUUUGAAGGGAUUAAAAACAAGUAUUUCUCGACAAGAAUUGUCUCUAAAGAUCAAAGUACCUCAAUUUUAGACAGCCAAGGUCUUACGGUGAAUAGCUUUGCAGGUCUUUUCAUCAUCACAACAAUUGCCUCAUUCGUAUCAUUCACAUUUUAUGUGUUUACUUUCCUAUACUCACAAUAGUCUACUUUGAGAGGCAGUAUUCAUUAUGAACAAAUAACCAUUUGGUCGUUGCUGGUUCAAAUUGUAAAGCAUUUUGAUGAAAUAAGAUAGUCUUUUACAACUCACAAUGGA